UAAAUUCUUUUAGGUCGAAGAUUUGCCACUGCAUAUUUGACGUUGCAAAGCAUUUAUCAGUUGAGGCAACCAUUGGAAGCUAUGUUCACUUCUGAAAAGUGAACAAAGAGUAAUUAUGCAAGCAAAGUUGAUGGAAAAGAAGUUAGAAAAAUAAUUCUGAAGGAUAACAACUUUUGGCCAAGUUUGAUUUAUGCUAUCAAGACCACAAGAUCUUUGGUUGAAGUGUUGAGGCUAGUUGAUGGAGAAAAAGAUCCUACUAUGGGUUUUCCUUAUAAUGCUAUGGAUGAAGCCAAAGAAAAGAUAGCAAAGAACUUUGGUGGAAAAGAAAAAGAUUACAAGGAGAUAUGGGAUAUCAUUGAUGAAAAAUGGGAUUUUCAGAUGUACCGACAUUUGCAUGCAGCUGCCUACUAUCUAAAUCCCCGUUGCCAUUAUUCUCCUGAUUUUUCUACACAUCCAGAGAUCGAUCUUGGGUUAUUCCAUUGUUUAGACAAGCUCAUACCCAAUAGAGAUGAAAUGGAGAAAGCCGACCUACAAUGUAGUGCUUCCCACAACCGAGAAGGAUUUUUUGGGUUGGUUCAAGCAAAGAACACAGUCCACAAACGAACUCCUGUUGAAUGGUGGACUCAAUAUGGAGAUGACACUUCCGAGCUUCAAAAGUUUGCAAUUAAAGUGCUAGGCCUCACUUCUUCUUCAUCUAGAUGCGAGCGCAAUUGGAGUGCAUUCAAUCAAGUACACACCAAAAAAAGAAACCGCUAGACCACUACAAGGAUGAAUGAUUUGGUUUAUAUUUUAUACAACAAAAAGUUGAAGGGUAGGCACUUGAAGUUGAAAUCCUUAGGAAAUGAUGAAGAUAGCUUGUUGACUGAUGAGUUGCCAUUGGAUGAUGAAUGGCUUGUGGGUGAAAAUGAUGAAGAUGCUCCCCAUAUAAGAGUAGAUGACCUUGAUGUUGACGUUUUUGAGGGGGAGCCAUCACAAGCAGUGAAGCAACUCAAACUCAACCAACUGAAUCCUCAAGCAAGAAGGCUAGUGCAAAAGGGUCAAGUAAGGGAAAGGGAAAAUUGAGACUAAUUAAUGAAGAUGAAGAAGAAUGGGAAGAUAUAAUAAUGAUGGUGGAAAUGAGGAUGAUGAGGCUAUAGACUACAAUGAUUCUUCAGAUGAAGUUUCAUUGUGAUAUGAUGUGUUUGUUUGUUUAUAACUUUAAUCUUGAAUUGUUAUGUGUUUGUUUGCUUUAGACUUAUAUUAUGCUUAAUGUU